AGAGAAAAAAAAAAUAAGAAAAAAAAAGUUAUUUACCACUGAGUCUUGUGCACAACUUAUACGCCAAAAUCUUUCCAGAAGCAAGUUUCUAGUCUAAAUUGGUCACCCAAGCAUAUCACGGCUUUGGUCAAGACUAGCACUUAUUGGGCACACUAUAAAAUCAAGAUGGCGUCUUCUCAGCGGAUUGCCAUCGUCUCCGUCUAUGACAAGACAGGACUCUUGGAUCUGGCUAAAGGCCUCAUCAAGAACAAUGUUCGCAUUCUGGCGUCUGGAGGUACCUCCAAGAUGAUCAGGGAGUCCGGCUUCCCUGUGGAAGACAUCUCAGCCAUCACCAAGGCCCCCGAGAUGCUGGCUGGCCGGGUCAAGACCCUCCACCCAGCCGUGCACGCCGGCAUUCUGGCCCGCAACCUCGAGUCGGACGAGAAGGACCUUGCCGAGCAGAGCAUCGACAAGGUCGACUACGUCGUCUGCAAUCUGUACCCCUUCAAGGACACCGUCGCCAAGAUCAACGUCACCGUCCCCGAGGCUGUCGAAGAGAUCGACAUUGGAGGCGUCACCUUGAUCCGUGCCGCCGCCAAGAACCACUCGCGCGUCACCAUCCUGAGCGACCCGACCGACUACGCCGAGUUCCUCAAGGAGCUGGACAGCGGCGAGAUCAAGGAGUCGAGCCGCAAGCUGUACGCUCUCAAGGCCUUUGAGCACACGGCCGACUACGACGCCGCCAUCGCCGACUUCUUCCGCAAGCAGUACGCCUCGGACGGCCUGCAGCACCUCACCCUCCGCUACGGCGCCAACCCCCACCAGAAGCCCGCCGCCGCCUUCGCCAAGGAGGGCAAGCUGCCCUUCAAGGUCCUCUGCGGCAGCCCGGGUUACAUCAACCUGCUCGACGCGCUCAACGCCUGGCCCCUGGUCAAGGAGCUCAAGGCCGCCCUCGGUCUCCCCGCCGCCGCCAGCUUCAAGCACGUGUCGCCCGCCGGCGCCGCCAUCGGCACCCCGCUGUCUGCCGACGAGCAAAAGGUCUAUAUGGUCGAGGGCAUCGAGGGUAUUGAGUCGUCGGCCCUGGCCCAGGCCUACGCACGCGCCCGUGGCGCCGACCGCAUGUCGUCGUUUGGUGACAUGAUCGCCCUCAGCGACGUCGUCGACCUGCCCACCGCCCAGAUCAUCUCCAAGGAGGUCUCUGACGGUGUCAUCGCCCCUGGCUACGACGCUGCCGCGCUCGAGGUCCUCAAGAAGAAGAAGGGCGGCCGCUACCUGGUGCUGCAGAUGGACGCCGACUACGUCCCGAGCCCGCAGGAGCUGCGCACCGUCUACGGCGUGUCGCUUGCCCAGCACCGCAACGACGUCGAGGUGUCGCCCGCGUCGUUCAGCACCGUCUUGGUGCCCAAGGAUGGCCCGGCCCUGCCCGAGUCUGCCCUGCGCGACCUGACCGUCGCCACCAUCGCGCUCAAGUACACCCAGAGCAACUCGGUCUGCUACGCCGCCAACGGCCAGGUCAUCGGCCUCGGCGCCGGCCAGCAGUCGCGCAUCCACUGCACUCGCCUCGCCGGCGACAAGGCCGACAACUGGUGGCUGCGCUUCCACCCGCGUGUCCUUGGCAUCAAGUGGAAGAAGGGCACCAAGAGGCCCGACAAGAGCAACGCCAUCGACCUGCUCGUCAGCGGCGAGCUGCCCAAGUCCGGCCCCGAGAGGGAGUCGUUCGAGGCCCUGUUCGACGAGGUCCCUGCCGCCUUUGGCGAGGCCGAGCGCGAGGAGUGGCUCGGCAAGCUGACCAACGUUGCUAUUUCCAGCGAUGCAUUCUUUCCCUUCACCGACAAUGUGUACCGUGCGGCCCGUUCAGGAGUCAAGUACAUGGCCGCGCCAAGCGGAAGCCAAAAUGACCAGCCCGUCUUCGACACGGCCGACAAAUUGGGCAUCACUUUUGUGGAGCAGAGCGUCAGGCUGUUCCACCACUAAAAGUAUCACAGCAUGACUCUUCGAGAGUGGAAUUAUAGCAAAAGGUUGGGAAUGGGAAAUGGGGAGAUUCUACUGUAUAUACCCAUACUAUAUGAUGUGAUUGAUGAGGGAAUUAAAAUGGGCGUGUUUAGGUUCAACACGGGACAGGGUUUUCAUGAGGGAUAAUAAUAUCCAGACUUCAACAAGCAGCAAACAAAGCUUCUAUUUUCUUCAUUCGUCUAUGUUGCUGACUUUACUUUUUUGUCAUCCAUUUUCGUUUGAGGUCAUAUGCCUAGAAAAGGGUUUCCCGCGAUCAUUUCAUAUCAUGAAGCAAAUCAUUGUCAUGCAGC